AUGUCGUCGAGGAUCGGUAAGGCGAUCCGGCGCGACGCGGUGGCGUCGCGGGCGCGCGUGUACGCCGAGGCGAAUGAUGAAAAGGCGCGCGAGUACUGGGACUACGAGGCGCUGAGCGUGCAGUGGGGCGAACAGGACGAGUACGAGGUCGUGCGAAAGGUGGGGCGCGGGAAAUACAGCGAGGUGUUCGAGGGACGACGGACGGAGAGCGGGGAGAAGUGCGUGAUCAAGAUUUUGAAACCGGUGAAGAAGAAGAAGAUCAAGCGGGAGAUUAAAAUUUUGCAAAAUCUGGCGGGCGGCGUCAACGUGAUCAAACUGUUGGACGUCGUGCGAGAACCGUCGACGAAAACGCCGAGUUUGGUGUUUGAAUACGUGAAUAAUACAGAUUUUAAAGCGUUGUAUCCGACGCUGACGGAUUACGAUAUUCGGUAUUACAUCAACGAAUUGCUCAAGGCGUUGGAUUUUUGUCACUCGCAGGGCAUCAUGCAUCGAGACGUCAAGCCGCACAACGUGAUGAUUGAUCACUCUAAGCGAGAGCUGCGUUUGAUCGAUUGGGGGCUGGCGGAGUUUUAUCAUCCCGGGAAGGAGUACAACGUUCGCGUGGCGUCGAGGUACUUUAAAGGUCCAGAGUUGUUGGUCGACUUGCAAGACUAUGACUAUUCGUUGGACAUGUGGAGUCUCGGGUGCAUGUUCGCGGGGAUGAUUUUCCGAAAAGAACCAUUCUUCGCCGGUCACGACAACUACGAUCAGUUGGUGCGCAUCGCCAAGGUGCUCGGAACGGACGAGUUAUACGCGUACUUGAACAAGUACCGCAUCGAACUCGACCCGAACUUUGAGACGCUCAUCGGGCGACACUCGCGCAAGCCGUGGAACAAGUACGUCACGGCGGAAAACCAACACCUGGUGAGCACGGACGCGAUCGAUUUCCUCGAUAAGCUGUUGCGCUACGAUCACCAAGAGCGCAUCACGGCGAAGGAGGCGCAGAGCCAUCCUUACUUUGACGUUUUGCGACAACGUAAAUAA